GGAAUGGGUAUUCAGUUGGAUAGGUGAUCUACAAGGAACUGCAACGAAAGAAAUGAAGCUGCUAAUCUUCGCCUGUUUGCUUGGCCUGGCCUUGGGCCACGAGGUGUACUACUACACCCCAACUUAUGGGUAUUAUCCUGGCACCUUUGCCAGGACCUUUUCCGUCCUGCCCUUGGCCUAUUCCCGAUUGAUUGCACCGGCCGCCGCCGAAUCGCAUCUGUAUCACAGCGUGGAGACCCCCAACUCGUUCCAGCAGCAAUAUCGCAGCGAAUACAAACCCCUGACCUAUGAGUAUCUCUACUAGAUGGUGGAGAGCAUCAAACCUUCGUAGGUGAUAAUCACGCCGAUUGUAACCACGUGAAAUUUGAAUAAAGUUCGACCACUCCUCA